UGUGCAAAUUAUGUGUUUAAAUGCCUUUAUAGUGCUGCUUAACCCAUGGAGCAGUAUGUAAUGCUCAAGUUUUAAUAAAACUCCUCUGCCUGAUGAAUGUAGCAGUGAAUUGGCUGGUUUUCUUUGUUUGCUUGUGUUCAGGAGAGCAAACAUGAACUUUGUCAGGGGGAGAGUUUGAUCAUUACAGUCGUGCAGGAGUGAAAGUCCUGAUUCCUUCAGGCCUCCAGCUCUGGGGCUGGGGAGGUCCAGAGAAAUCUGCUUAGCAAAUCACACAGCCCUGCUUGUUUCUGAGGCAAAGCACACGUUGGGAAGGAUGGAUUCAUUGGAAUUUUAUAUCCCUCUGAGUGCUUCUGAAAACUAUCGAAUGAAGAGUUACAAGAACAAAGCCCUAAAUCUGGAGGAAAUGAGGCGGAGAAGAGAAGAGGAAGGAAUUCAACUGCGCAAACAGAAACGAGAGCAACAGGUAACUGUCAUCUUGAGUAGGUUGUGUUCAGCCUUAACACAACCAAGAUUGUGCUGCUGCCUAACUGGAAUCUUCAAGGAUCUGUGCAUUAAGCUCUUCAAAAGGAGGAAUGUGGAGCUGAUCAAUGAGGAUGACUCCAUGUGUGACAGUCACCUGGUGGAUUCCUACGUCAGUUCCACCACGUGUGGGGAGGGAUUGAUCACAGGAGAGAUGGUAGAGAUGCUUUUCUCAGAUGACCCUGACCUACAGCUGGCAACCACUCAGAAAUUCAGGAAAUUGCUCUCCAAAGAGCCGAAUCCUCCGAUAGAUGAAGUGAUAAACACUCAGGGAGUGGUGGAGAGAUUUGUUGAAUUCCUGAAAAGAAGUGAAAACUGCACAUUACAGUUCGAAGCUGCGUGGGCACUGACGAAUAUUGCAUCAGGGACUUCCCAACAAACAAAAAUAGUCAUCGAGGCUGGGGCAGUUCCCAUAUUUAUAGAGCUGUUAAAUUCUGACUUUGAGGAUGUUCAGGAGCAGGCUGUCUGGGCAUUGGGGAACAUUGCUGGAGACAGCUCUGUGUGUAGAGAUUAUGUCCUUAACUGCGCUAUCCUUCCUCCCUUAUUAAUGCUCCUUACGACGUCCACCAGGUUGACAAUGACACGAAACGCUGUCUGGGCCUUGUCAAACCUGUGCAGAGGAAAGAGCCCUCCACCUGAAUUUGAUAAGGUGUCUCCCUGCCUGCCGGUGCUGUCCAGGUUGUUGUUCAACAGCGACUCUGACCUGCUGGCAGACGCCUGCUGGGCCCUUUCCUACCUGUCAGAUGGUCCCAACGAGAAGAUCCAGGCAGUGGUGGACUCGGGAGUGUGUCGGCGGCUGGUGGAGCUGUUGAUGCACAACGACUACAAAGUGGCCUCCCCAGCUCUGCGAGCAGUUGGCAACAUCGUGACGGGGGAUGACAUCCAGACCCAGGUGAUUCUAAACUGCUCAGCCCUGCCUUGUCUCCUUCAUUUAUUAAGCAGUCCCAAGGAAUCCAUCAGGAAAGAGGCGUGCUGGACCAUAUCCAACAUCACAGCGGGAAACAGAGCACAAAUACAGGCAGUGAUAGAUGCCAACAUCUUCCCGGUGCUGAUAGAGAUCCUGCAGAAGGCGGAAUUCCGCACGAGGAAAGAGGCAGCCUGGGCCAUCACCAACGCCACCUCAGGAGGGACUCCUGAGCAGAUCAGGUACCUGGUAAAUUUGGGUUGUAUCAAGCCUCUGUGUGACCUGCUGACUGUCAUGGACUCCAAGAUUGUUCUGGUGGCACUGAAUGGGCUGGAGAACAUCCUGAGGCUGGGAGAGCAGGAAGCCAACCAGAGUGGGACUGGGAUCAACCCCUACUGCAGCCUGAUCGAGGAGGCCUAUGGUUUGGAUAAGAUAGAAUUCCUCCAGAGCCACGAGAACCAGGAGAUUUACCAGAAAGCCUUCGACCUGAUCGAGCACUACUUCGGGGUGGAGGACGACUCAUCCGUGGCCCCCCAGGUGGAUGAGACCCAGCAGCAAUACAUCUUCCAGCAAUCCGAGGCCCCCAUGGAUGGUUUCCAGCUAUAACCUGCCCUGGGGCAGAGGAAAAACACGCCACAAACUUUCCUGGAGAAGCACCUGGGAAGCAGCUGCUUGGCCCUUGCUGGGAAGGCUGAACGACACCCUGGAGUUUUAGGAAACUCUUCUUCCUUCAGACAAACAAACAAACAAAACAAAAAAAAAUACAAACGGCGCUCGGUCCUCGCAGAAAAGAAGGGGAUUCUUCUUCUCCUUGUUUCUUUUGGCUGCUGCACACGUGUCUUUAACGCAGGAGGGACACGGAGGUGACGAGGUGGCACCUCCUGGUGGCUCGUUCUUUGUGGUGGUCCCUCCCCACUGCAGUUCUUACCUCGGGUGCUCCCGUGAGGCUCCGGCGUUGGGUGAGGACACAGAGCAGAGAGAGAGGGAGUUUUCUGGCCACAAUAAUUCUGGAAAACGUGGGUUGGUCUAUUUAAUUUUUAAUUCUUUUCUUGGUUUUUUGUUUGGUUUUUUUUUUGUUUUUGUUUUUGGGUUUUUUUUGCACAUGUUACUCUAUUAUAAAGACUCUUUAAUUGGCCAAGAGCAAAGUUUAACCCUGGCCUUCCUCCUUCAGUGGACAGUCCUGGGUGAACCCAGGCUGAGUUCCCUGAAAAAAAACGGACAGAAAAACAGGGAAGUUCUCCCACUCUUGGGAAGAUUGUUUUUUUUUUUUCCUUUUCUGCUGCUUCCCUUUUGUCUGGAUUUUGUUUUGGUUUUUGUUGGGGUUUUUUUUUGGGUGUUUUUUUUUUUUUUUUUAAGAACUGCUAGUGGUAUUUCCAAGGAUUAAAAAAAAAAAACCACACACAAAAAAAAAGCAACAAGAGCCCAAAGAUGGGAACUGGGGUAGGGUUUUUUUUUUUUCGGAGCAGGAAGCACAGCUGCCAUUGCACAGGUUUGGUUUGCGUUGUACUGACUGACACCAGAGCUCUGAAACGCUGAAACCCACCUUCAUCUUUACUUGAAAUACUUUAUUUUCCAUGAGAACAUGGGCUGAAUUCUGGGGGUGUUUUUUUCCUGCCUUAGGGUGGUUUGAUGGCUUGGAGGAAGGCUUGGUGGUGACAAAGAGGUGGUGGGAGCUCCAGCAGCACCAGGUUUCCAGGCUUACCUCCUCCUCACAGCUGUGAUAAUGUACAUUUUACUUCCAAAAAAAAAAAAAAAGAAAAGAGGCAAAUCUCUGUAUUUUUUAUAUUAUAUAUAGGUAGAUAUUUGUCUAAUUGGGCCACAGCGAAAACUAUAUCUGGAAUUUGUGCAAUUCCUGUAAAUAAAGCGCUGUGAGGCGGGAAAAACACCUGGAAACCCCCGGGCUCGGGGCUGUCCCGCUGCCUCUCCUGUUCCUCGCGUCCCGUCCGUGUGAACGGAGCUGCCUGAGCCCCCUGGAGUGACUUUGCCACGAUUUCAUUAAAAACAGAGGAGAACA